AUCAUCCUGUAUAAUAAUGUAAAUAUUAUUCCUGAUUUAAAAAUAAUAAUAACUAGGCUAUCUAACAAGGUCAUCAUGUCCACAGAGAGAUUCCAACAGUUCUUCUUUUAUACUUAAUAAAAUAAAAUCAUAAUUUUAUUGAAAUAUUUUUAACCUAACCUCAAACUUUGUUUACAAAUUUUUUUUUGAUUAGAGAACAAAGUUUAACAUUACAUUCCUAUUAAAACGACCAAAUACAGUAAGUAUCGAUAAAAAAUACAGCAAGAUUUGAUUUAAUUCAAAUUUAUCAUCGUAAUAUCAUAAUUAACAUGGAAAAUAGCGUUUCUAAUAAGUUAUUAAAAACUUUAGAAAACCUAAAUGUUAAAGAAGAAACACGUAGCGGUUGCAACAAAAAAUGGCAAGAAACUUUAUCAAGUAAUCAACGAGAGAAAUAUAAAAAAAAAUUAUCAGAAAUUCUAUUAAACAGUAAAUUAUUUAGUAAUCAAAGUACGGAUAACUUAGCUAGUGAUAUAGAAGAAAAUUUCUUUAAUUUGGCAGAAAAUAGGGCUGAAUAUUAUCAUAUGAUUGCUGAAAAAAUUUAUAGUAUUCAAAAGGAGUGUGAAAAUAAUAGUUAAGUUUAUAAGAUAAAAUGUUUUUGAAGGCGUUUUCUUGGAAGUGAAUUAAAUAAGAAAUUAUCUCAAUAAGAAUACUAUAAUUAUUUACUUAAAAAGUGCACAGAAAUAGAACCAAACUAUUUAGAAUUUACUUUACACUUUGCAUUAGAGAAUGUAUGUAGUGUUUUUGAAUUACCUUUUAUUAUUUAAUGUGUUUUAUCUAAUGAAUUGUUGAAAUAAGUUGUUUUAGUUGCUUCUUUAUGAUUAAUUGGUAAGUGGUAGUAAUUAAAUAAAAUUUUACAUAAAAUACAAUAA